AUGCACCUUGUUUCUCAUCUAAAGUUCCUAACCAUCGGCCAUCUGCCUGCUAGUACAGCUAGUCGUCAUUUGUCUACGAAGGACAGUGAGUUGAACAUCUUGGCAACUGAUCUUCUUGAUUCCCUUGAAAAUCUUACGAAUAUUGUGAAGCAUUUCGAAGCGAAAAUUGCAGCCUGCGUUAACGACGGUAGCAACGCCUCUUUAACGACAACUCAGGUCUUCGAAAUUAUCAAGGGAAAUUACGAUUCCCUUGAGAUUCGUGUCUACGAUGAUCUGCACACGCAUUAUGAAUGCCCGUUGAAUAAAGCCGAACAGUCCAACCAACAGAUGCUGGUCAAAAUUGUUCAAAGCGUCCGCGAAACUUGUCUGGACACUGCUCUGGCCUAUCAGUCGAGGUUCUCGGAGCUAGCUGUGAUACACUGA